CGAACUACCUCAAACUCAAAGGGCUUUAUUAUAUUAGGCUGAGGCAAAGAUUCAUAACACACCCACUUUGCUAUUACGAACCUAUUUUCUUCUUUCUUAUUCAACAAUCUGAACUUAUCAUGAAGUAAUAAUUGCUGCUUCACCAUGUUCAUUCUCACAAAAGUUGCGGAUCUUGUCCAAAUUGCACCCGAUGACUUCAAGAAGAAGAGUAUCGUCGCAAUAGAAGACUAUAUCAAUGCCAAGUAUGCCAACAAGGUGAUCCAAAAAAUCGGCCUUUGCAUUUCCCUUUAUGACCUGCUUUGGGCCUCUGAAGGACUCAUUGGCCAUGGAACUGGCCUCGUGAAUGUCAAUGUGGAGUUCCGAAUUAUCGUCUUCCGGCCUUUCAAGGGUGAAGUCAUGUUCGGCAGGAUACGAAGCUCCACGCCUUCAGGAAUCAAUGUGAGAACUGACUUCUUCGACGACAUUUUUGUUCCCUUUGAUGAACUUCCCGAGGGAGCCGAGUACAACCACCAAGAGCAGUUAUGGAUCUGGAACUGUGACGAGGAAACCCGCCUCUACUAUGACAACCAUGAGAUGGUCCGCUUCCAGGUCAUCGACGAGGAAUGGCACGACCAGACCCCAGCAGGACCGAACCAGAAUGAAGAGGAUGCGCUUCAGGCGCCUUACAGGAUCAAAGGUUCCAUGGCCAUGGAUGGACUAGGUGUGUGUUUGUGGUGGGAUGGAGACGAGGGAGAAGAAGGUGGAGAGGGGGAGGAAGGCUAGAUCGCACUCGUGCGGAGGCAUGCCGGGUGGCGGUAUUCGUAAGACGGAGUUCUUUUUUUUUUUUCUUUCUUUUCCCUAUCGUCUGUUAUUCUACUUUACCCCUUGAUACCCUUGAGCAGUCGUAGCUCAACGUCGUCGAGGACCGAGUAAUGGUCAAUAACGGCUAUGUUUUCAGCUUCACCUAGGAACUGCUUGUUUGUAUCCGGCCCAGCGCCGAGCAUCGGCUGGUUGGGCGGCGGUCCCAUUUG